CCAAAUGUCAGUUUUGUUUAGUGAACUGACUUUUCUUUCUUACGAAACUGAUUGAUUGUAUUCUGUUCGUUCGAUCUUCAUAUUCUUCAUUUAGUUUUAUUUGAAACGGCAAAACAUUCUGGAACAACUGAUUUCCCAUCAUAAUCAUAAUGAGUUUCCCCUGAUCAAGGAUAUUUCAGUUUAAAGGGACUACAAAUUUUCUUUCACCAUAGGAAGUAGGAAUAGAAAAUUCAGAAGCACCAUGACUCGUCCUCCUAAUGAAAACUUGCCAACAGUGAAACUUGUUGUUGUUGGAGAUGGUGGUGUGGGUAAAAGUGCAAUCACUAUCCAAUUUUUUCAGAAGCUCUUCGUAACAGACUAUGAUCCUACAAUAGAAGACAGUUAUUUGCAGCAUGUGGAAGUUGAUGGACAGUGGUGCAUUUUAGAUGUGUUGGACACAGCUGGACAGGAAGAAUUCAGUGCAAUGAGAGAACAAUACAUGAGAAAAGGGGAUGGUUUUCUUCUUGUUUACUCAGUAACUGAUAAGAAUAGCUACGAGAAUAUUGUUAAUUUUCAUACUCAGAUACUGAGAGUUAAAGACAGAGAUACUUAUCCCAUGCUUCUUGUUGCAAACAAAGUUGAUCUUGUGCAUUUAAGAAAGGUAACUGAAGAGCAAGGAAGGGAAUUGGCUCAUAAGUUGGGCAUACCUUAUAUUGAAACCAGUGCCAAGGAUCCUCCACUUAACAUUGAUGCAACAUUUCAUGAGGUUGUGCGUAUAAUACGCAACCAGCCACAAACGGACAAUGAGAAGCGCAAAAAGAAGAAACUCAAGAAAUUGGGUAGAUGUGUUUUGAUGUGAAGAAGUGUAUAAUGUAACCAAUUAUUGAGCUUUAAAAUAUUUAUAUUUGUAUAAUUGUAUUUAUGGGCAUGUUAAAGCUUCAUUGUUUUUAGCCAAAGAUUUUUUUUUAGCUCAUUAUGUUUUGAAAUUUCAACAAGACAGUGUUCAAAUCGAGGGAAUUACAAUCAUGUACAAUGAUUGCCUUCAACAGUGAUAUCUAAUGUGGUUUCAUUGCUGAUAAUGGUUGUGAUUGGAUUUAUUUCCAAAUUUUUUUAUGGAAGUUGUUGAAAUUCUGGAAAUUUUUUACUUAGCUGUGUUAUAUAUCUGUGAAUUAAUCCUUAUUGUUUCCCAUAUGCUUCGUUGAAGAAUUGAUUGUACGUUUAAAAGAAUAUUGAUUAAUGAUUGACAAUAAUCGUGACUACCCCAAAAUGUUUUUAUCGAACAGAUUCAACAUUUCAACCUUCGAUAUCUCAGUUGCACAAAAAUUAAAAUGAUUCUGAUCAUUGUUUGUAUACAUAUUUUUCAAUGAUGUUUUUGAAAGUAUGGAGAAUAUUGUACUCCUGUGAAAUAUGUAACUGUUGGUAGAAUGACAAAUAAACUUUUGAGAAGA